GUCAUCCCGAGGGGUGGGUCCUCCUUCUCCUCCUCCCUCCCGGCAGCAGAAAAGGAAAGCCCACCUUUUUUCAUUGUUAAGGACGCGGUGGAAUGUGAUGGUUUGAUCUCCAACGGACCAGGGAGGGGAAGAACCAGAGCGAAGCAGCGAAACAGCGGGUUGAACCCCCCUGUCCUCCCCCCUCCUCCGGUCCGGGCUGGGAAUGUUUGGAGGACCUUGUCCCGGGCUCAGUCCUACCGCCGGGGGGAAGUUUGUGGAUUAAUUCGAGCCUUUUCUGCUUGGACCCCGGAGACGGAGCCGUUCAGGAUGGAGAGUUUGUGGAGAGGAGUGUGACGUCCUGAAAACAAUGACAGAUUUGUCUGCUAAACACCAUUUAAAGGCAGAGUUUGAGACCUAAACGUACAGUUGGACAUCCGGGACAAUACCGGCUGACAAAAGGAGCAGAGGAGCACUAUUAGGUCUUGCUGUCGUUGCUACGCAGAUGUGGAAGUCCAGAAACUCUGCUAUCAUAUAAGCUGGACUACAAAUCCGUUCUAAGGUUUGCAGCCAUGUCGGAUCAUAAAGACAUGACGCACCGCCACUUACGGCACAAGCUGCAGAGUCUGGGGAGAAGACUGGACGAGCUGGAAGAGGCAACCAACAAGCUGCAGAAGUCUGAGGAUGAGCUGCUUGACCUGCAGGACAAGAUUAUCCAGGCAGAGGGAAGUAACUCGUCCCUGCUCUGUGACGUGGAAGACCUACGGAAACGGCUCCUGAAGAUCCAGGGCAAGGAUGAGGAGGUACGCAAAGCUGAGGACCUCUGUCGCACAGUUCGAGAGAAACUAGAAGAAGAGGAAAGCCUCACCAAGGAGCUAAAGGGGGAGAUUGAGCGUCUUCAGCGGAGGAUGGCUGAACUGGAGAAACUGGAAGAAGCUUUUGCCAAAAGCAAAUCUGACUGCAGCCAACUCUGCCUCAGCCUCAACGAGGAGAAGAACCUCACCAAGAAGCUCUCCUCGGAGUUGGAAACACUCAAAUCCCGCUUGAAGGAACUGGAAGGUUCUGAGACGAGGCUGGACAAAGCAGAGCAGGCUCUGGCUAAAGAGCUGGACAGGCUUAAAGCCUUCACGCAGGCGUUCGUCAGUGAACGCAAGAGGCUGACGGAAAAACAAAGAGAGGACGAGAGGAUCAUCCAGAAGCUCACGGAAGAAAAAAAGAACCGUUUCGGUCUGACAACAGAACCGGGUCGCACAGAUUUCAUGAAUUCAAGAAUCGAAGAUGAACUGUCCUCCACUGCGCUCUUCACAAGUAAACUAGCUGGAAAGAAGAACCUAGACUACCUGAAGCUAGCCGAUGAGAAGCUGGGCAUCGUCAGUAAGUCUGAGAUGAAGAAGGGCAGCAGUAUGGAAGGCUCACAGGAGGAAGACAACAAAGUGAAAGAGCUCACUCAAGAAGUAGAGAAGUUGAAGAACCGUCUGAAGCAGCUGGAGCUAGUGGAGGAGGAUCUGAAGGAUUCCCAGUUCAAGAACGGCAAGCUUCACAAGAAGUUUCAGGUGGAGCAACAGCGAGCUCGUCAACUGGGCGAACAGGUGGAGCAGCUCCGGACCCAGCUGUCUGGAAAAGCUGGAAUAGGGGGGAGAGGAGUGGGAAACCCGGCAAAGGUCCUGGAGAACGGCAAAGCUGAGAACGAGGAGUGGGCGUCAAAGGGAGCCGCCAGGCACGAGAAGCCGAAGUUUAAAAGUUCAGCGGCUUUUCCUGAACCGGGCUCUCCGAAGCACAGGAUCCGGGAGCUGUCUCCUCAGCCCAGGAGAGAAACCAAGCUGAGGAGCAAAGAGCUCAGCAAUUCUGAGGAGGGUUCUCCAAAGUCUGUGAGGAGAGCUCUGAGUCCAGCUCAGAGGAGGAGGACCCCCAGAGCCCCGCCUACUGCCGUCACGUCUGAUAACGGAAUCACAGCAAGGUUCUCCGAGGAGAGGCCUAAAGGAACUCUGUUCGGCUCUGCAAACUCAUCAUCCGAUGUCAAGAAGGUGUCCGUCCUGAGCCGCUACCCUCCGGCCGCUAAUGAGCAGAAGCCUCUGAGAACGCAGUUCAAACAGACCGAUCCAGAGAUUAAAAAAAGGGAGAGGGUUUCUAAACCCUACAUAGGCAGCGAUAGUGAGUCCAACAGCUCUGAUGCUGUGCCUGAGAGCUCUGUUAGCGUGAACGACGUGUCUACACUGGAGAAGGAGGCGACGGCCACUGACCAGGAACCAGUAGACAGAGUUCAGGAAUCCGCCACUCUAGCUAAAGCUAAUGGAUCUUACACGGCGUACAGAUCUCACAUCACUCCACUGCUGCCCAACGACCACGGCUCAGACAGUCAGUCAUCUGCUUCUGAAACCGAAUCUACGGGAUCAAGGCCCUCGGAGGUAGAACCUGUGGCUGAGACGGUGUGUCCACCUGUGAGCAGCAGGACAACGGCGACCUCUAGGUACUCCCGAUACCCACAUGUCCAGGACUCGCACUCGGAGGGUUCGUCUUCCAGGAGCUCCUUUGACGAGGACCUGCACACCAGGACACAGGCUUUUGACGGAGGCCACCUGAACCCGUCGCCGAUCGAGAUCCAGAGAGUUUGCAGCCCAAGAGAGGCCCUGCGCUCCAAAGCCGUCAUUAAACCCGCCAUCAUCGAGAUCGACAGGAAGGAAGUCAUGAUUUCUGACUCCUCGUCAACCAACGGUAAACCAAAGAUCUCAACCAAGCCAGUUUUGACCGCCACCUCCAAAAUGACCAGCAGCAUAACCAUCUACCCCAGUGACCUGGGCUCUUCGAGGACAAGCAGCCGCAGCAGCAGCUUAUCCAGCGAACCGCUGCCUGUGAAGGAGCGCCACACGUCCACCAGCAACAUCGUCAUAGGGUCCAGCAGUGACCAUCGCGGCAGCAUAUCCGUCCCAUAUGAGAUCUCCAUACCUAAGAGUAAAAUCGGUUUGCGUUCGUACUCAGACCAGGACUGUGGCACCGAUGAACCGAGCGACACGCCGACGAGGUCCAAACUCCUCAGCCCCUCCAGGGUAGAGACCAGCAGCAUCUCCGCGGGUCACCAGCACGCCAUCGGCAGGCGCCAGUCCUCAGAUAGCGCCUCAUUAGAGUUAAACGACACUGAGUCUGGGUUUGAGAGCGGCAGCAGCACGACGACCACAGUGACCAGCCGGAGGAGCCACAUCCAGACCGAGCACUCCCAGGACGACACUUUAUCAGACAUAAAGAAUGUGACUGUGAGGAGCACAUGGAGGACCAGAGGAGGAGCGUCGGUGGAGGAGGCGGGUCGAGGACAGAUGAGGAGCAAGGCUCUGACAGACGGAGGGUCUGGAGACGAAGCAGAGGCUGAAACAACAUGGAGAGCGUAUCGUGCGACCACCGUCGACAUGGAGGACACUGGGAACGGCGCAGCAGCUGUAGCGGCACAGAGAGGAACUAAACCGGCAGAGGUUUCCACGCGGCGGUACAACAGCGCGACAAGCCCUAGAGACACGGAGGAACCGAUGCCUCGCAGAGACAAGAGCUCAGAGUCUUCGACCGUGGAAGUGGGAAGGACCGUACCCCACGCUCCAGUUACCUCCCAGUCCUGGAGCCGAUCGUACUCACCGCUGGCUAAAGAGAAUCCAGACCUGUCCUCUAACCCCGCCCUCAGCCCGGCCUCUUGGAGGCGCCACCAGCCCCCCAGUGACCAGCAGCACCUGGGGAGCUCCUAUGACCGGUUGACCAAAACAACGGGGUCUUCAUCCAGAGGAGGGGAGUCUUGGUCCAGCCGAGGUCGGGGAUCGAGGACCGGAGCGGGACACCGAUCGUGGAACCAGUGUCAGUCGGAGCAUCAUUAGGCAGGAUGGAGGCAGCUUCCAGCCAGGUUUCCAUCCUCCACGUCUUCUGAA